UUACUAUUUUUAUGCAGUUUCUAGAGAUUCAUAAUACUAUUUAUUAUUUAUUUAGUCUAUUAUUCUAUUAUUUAUUUGUAUUUAUUUUAUCUCUACUUUAACUCAAAAAAACUUUUAAUUUUCCAAGUAUCUUAAAGUAUGGAACAAUGAUGUUUAAAAAAAUUUUAACAUUAUGUACAUCAAGUGGUUCGCCUUUAACAACGUAUAUUUCAUCAACAUCAAAGGUUAUAUCUCGAACUCUUUCGGAACAAGAUAUAGAUGUUUUGGAAAAAUGGGAUUUAUUAAGUGCUGUUUGUUUGGAACGUCAUCCAAUAAUUACAAAACCGAUGUUAGAUAUAGAAGCAAGAUAUCAAAAAAUGUUACAAUAUAUAGAAUUUGAAAAUAGUAUGAUAUCUGAUUUUGAAAUGCAAAAACAGAAGGAAAAAAAUAAAAAAAAAUUAUCUGCAUCUGAGAGUAUGACUUCUGCUCAAACAAUGCAAGACUUUGAAGAUUUUUGGGAAGAAGAACUUACUAAGUUUAAAUUUGCAUCAAGAAUUAAUGAAAAUGAAGAGGACAAUACCAUUGUAUCAUUGAAACGAAAAUUAGAUAAAAAUUUAGUAUUAUUAGUAGAACAAAAAAUUGGUACUUCUAACUUUUGGAUUCCUCCACAAAGUAAAAGAAAACAUGGAGAAAGUAUGAUACAAACUGCACAUAGAACAUUACAAGAACUAUGUGGAAAUAACAUAAAAGUAAAAUUUUAUGGCAAUGCACCAAUUGGAUUUUAUCAAUAUAAAUAUCCUAAAAAUAUACAGGAAAAAGGUCAAAAUGGGGCAAAAAUUUUCUAUUUCUUAGCAAAAUAUAUAAGUGGAGAUAUUUCUUCUAAUGUAAGACAUUGUUGGUUAGAUAGAAAAGAACUUAAAAAAACCACACAUCCUGAUGUUUAUAAAAGUUUGUCUAAAUUCUUAUUACCUGAUUAAAUCAUUAUAAAAUAUAAAAUACAAAGUUUUAGAAUAUAUAUAUAGAAUGUGUAGAAUUAUCAAUUAUGUAUUUCUCUUUAUACAAUAAAUGAAAUAUUUAAAUGAU